CGCUUCAAGACCUCACACAUCACAGUGAUCACACCAUGUCCGAGUCGAAGCAGCUCAAACGGGGACCAUGAUGAUCUUUUUCUAUGCUCAAUCCUACUUCUCUUUGCACAAAUGCUGACAGCUAUGCUGCGUGCGCAUCAAAUAUGUGUCACAAACACAACAAUAGUGAUGAACAACGUGUCAACGAUGCAGGCAUCGGGGUCUGGCCAGGUCUAAGGCAUACAAAGGCAGUACACCUCCCGCUUUGUUAUCAGAACAAAUUACAUCAACAUUCAUGCCUCUUGGGCAAGGGCGCUUUGCCAAGCCAGCAGGCAUAGCGCGAAUAUGGUUUGCAAUUUACGCUCUGCUGGUAUUGGCCGCGUAUUUUGGAUCUACGCUGGCCCUCCUACCUGCUGUAUCAAAGGAUCUUGGCUUCGACUUGGCUGACACCAUAUUUCUCUUCGCCUUGUGGCCAGUUUCGAUGAGCUUGCUGCCUGUCUAUGGUCAGAUAAGUAGAUGGAUCUGCCCUGCACAUAUGAAAACAGUCGGUUACCUCACGGCCACUGGUUUCCUUUUGCUUGCCAGCUAUGCUACUCGUCCGUGUGUUCUUUUAAUCUAUAUCGCACUCUGCAACAUUGGUUUGGCCUCGGCUGCUGCAGUCUCCAUCGGCAUCAUAUGCAAAUUUGAGGCCAAUUCGAAGACAAUCAAAAUUUCUCUCUGCCUUUUGCCUAUUCUACUACUUUGCGGCAUAGCACUUGGAGCUGUUGGCGUGACUCAAAAGGACUGGCGCUUCCUUCUGCGCUCGUGGGCCAUUAAGUUUGCAAUCAAAUCGCUGUGGCCCGAACUCUUGGAGUGGCUUUCACCGGACGACCGCCAACGACUACGCUUUAGAGAUGCACUCAUUGACUGGUGGGCUGCUUUGUAUUGGACACUUGGCAUAGGCUUGAUUGCUUGGGGUGCGAGCUUUUCCGUCGAUGCAGAUUCUGGCUGGCGGCGCACCGUCGUACUGCUGUCACUCGUACUGGGCUGCAUCCUUCUGGUUUCGCUUGUUGUCCUCGAAAGAAGGACGCGGUCAGAAGUUGCGCUUUUCCCACGCCGUCUACUGUCUGCUGCUGUCUGGGUGUUCUGUGCAAUGUCCUUCUUUACAUGCAUGGCUCUCGGCAUUUACCUACUCUAUGUCGUCAAGACGCUGAUCACCAUUGAUCAUCACAGCGAGUACGCCACAGCUGCACGUCUGAUCCCCUUUGCAGUCUCAGCGACAAUAGGCCUGCUUUCUGGUAAGCUAUUGUUCAAAUGGUUCGAAGGAGCUCACAUCGUCCUGUUCGUCACGCCACUUGCAGCCCUGGGUAUGCUGCUCUUUUCACUCACCGAACAUCGGAGCGCUACAGUUCAACUCGUCAUGGGUAUUGUCUCUACAUUGCUUGUUGGCAUCAAUACAGCUAUAGCUCUGUACAUGGCGUUUGCAAGUGUAUGUGCACCAAAAUCCGAAAGUAAGGAGCAACUUUCAUUAAUUCUCGUGGCCAUUGUUGCUUUGGGGAUCGCCUUUGGUCCAGCCUUGACAAGCAGAGUCAUUGGAGCCAGCCGUAAGCGCGGCCAUCGUAUCAAGGGGAUACAGCGUGCUUUGUGGGUGGCAGCAGCUCUCAUGCUAGUGACGCAAUUUCUGGCCGUUGUGCACUGUAUUGUGUAUAGCGCUCGACGUCGACAGCAGGCGGAAAGCGAGGGAAAUCCCAUGCCAAGUUCAUCUGCCUCGUCCGCCGAAGGUGCUAUAGAGAUGAAGGAACCAGCAGCGGGAACCAUUGAGGCGAUCGCGCCAGACGUAUCAACUUCAGACAACGUAACCCCGGACAGUCAUGCUUCGGGUGACCUGGAAUCCGGUGGGCAGGGGAACAGCAAAGACAAGCGGAACUCAUUCACUGUGCCCAAGAAGGCUGAGAAGUCGUCUCGAAGGCAUUUCAAGAAUAUCGGUGCACGUACGUUGAAAAGCCUCAUCAAGAAACCCAGCGCACUCGAUGCUCUGCCAAAGACUGUGGAAGAGACUACCCAGCCAGACGCGUCAGAGAAGCAAGACAAUCCAGCAUCGGCAAAGGACAAGCAUGAGAAUCAUGUUCCAGGCGUCUUUCGCAAAAUGUUUAUGCCUUAAUGAGAGGGAUUGUAUGACUGAAGUAUUCUUAAUAAUCAAUCACAUAUUGAUAGCCCUAUAAUAGUGCAACGAGUUCUGCGACUCGCAUAGCAAUACCCCAGGAAGAUUGGAAACCCCAACCACCAAUACCGUAUGCAUGCACAACAGG